CCAGUUUUCUUUCAAUUCUUCUCAUUCCAUUAUCCUUGUCGUAUUUUUCAGAGUCACGUCCAUGUCUUGCAUUUUUUCUAGUUUAGGUUUGUUUAAGUCCAACUUUGUUACUUUGAGAAUUUUACUUGCUACUUCAUUUAGUUUUCUUUAAUAAUUCAACAUUUUUGAGAUUGCUGUACUCCUGCCUUGCUUCCUUGCACUUGGGUCCUCCACGGCAGAAUUUCAUGGAAAUUUUUUUUUGGGACCUGGGAGGAAACUUCACUCCCUAGAGAAAACACACAAAGGUUGAGGAGGAUUUUGAGUGCCACUAUGCAGCCGGUGGUCAUCUUCUUGGUUGUCCUGCUUCCGCUCUCUCCUUGCUACGCGCAAGAUCCUUUUGCCUGGCUGUACAGCCGCCGGAGCUCCAUCCAAGCGGACACCACAGGAGGGGAGUGCCCCCCUGAAUGUGACUGUCCCCCAACUUUUCCCAUCGCCAUGUAUUGUGAUGGAAGGGGCCUGACAGCCGUGCCCACCAUCCCCUCCCGGAUGAAGUACUUGUACCUCCAGCACAACGCCAUCACAGCCGUAUCCGACUCUGAUCUGGUCAACGCAACCAAUCUUGUGUGGCUUAUGAUGCACCACAACCAACUUACAUCUGACGCCAUCAGCGAGAGGGCCUUUUUGAACUUGGAACGGCUGGAGCGUUUUUAUUUACAACACAACAAUUUGACCAGGAUCCCUCAUAACCUCCCUCGCACCCUUCGAGACCUGAGGAUCAACCAUAACAACAUUGAAAAGGUAACACCUUCAGACCUAGGGGGAAUGGAUAACCUCACAAUUCUGCAUCUCCAUGACAACGCCAUUACAGACAUGGGUGCAUCACUCAGGUCCCUGACGUCUCUCACACUUUUGGAUGUCAGCACCAACAAGUUAACAAAGGUGCCAGAAGCUCUCCCUGAACAACUCCACCAACUCUACUUGGACUCCAACUCCAUCGCUACACUGCCCAAGGGCUUCUUGGCCGCGUUCACACAGCUGCAGUAUCUGCGGAUGGCCAGCAACCAGCUCACAGACAAGGGCCUCCCGUCCAACAUCUUUAACGUGACGGGGCUGGUGGAGCUGGACCUGAGCUUCAACAAGCUGGAGAGAAUCCCUCUGGUCAGCCCCGCCCUUCAGCAUCUCUAUCUUCAAGCAAAUCAUAUAAAAGAAUUCACAUUGGGGAGUUUCUGCCCUGUUGUGGACGUGACCAACUUCUCCAAGCUGGAAACGUUGCGUCUAGAUGGGAAUGAGAUCAGUGAACUGGACAUCCCGUCAGAUUCGUCGCUCUGCCUGCGUUUGGCUUCCAGCAUUGACAUUUAAAUAUGUAUCCAACAUGUUCAUUCCACCUCCUUUAUUACAAACUUUUUCUACAUUGGUAGGAUUUUUUUUUUUUACAUGCAGAACAAAUGUGUUUUGUCUUUUGGUUUUUCAAAAUAUUUCUGUUUCUUGUAAUAGUUUACUUCAAGAAAAAAAUAAUUUACAGAAUUGUUAAGGACUUGCCCAUCCACAAAAUUACAAUUAUUAUGUUUUAAGAUAUACGAUUUUUGGUGUAUGUGAAACUGAUCUGACUAAUACUGUGAUCUUUCUCUCUCCCCCUUUUUUUGUUGUUGUAUUUGAUCAUGUUUCUGAAAUUCAGAGUCAAGUCUAACAUAACUCUUCCUUCGGUUAACAGCUGUUGACCUAAGAGGUUCGUAACGGGAGUUGCAUUCACAAGAUAACCUUUCAUAAAAUGUCAAUGUUUGAUUUUGCGCAAAUGU